AUGCAAUAUAUACCAUCGAGAUCGAAUUACAAAGUUGGUACUCGCCAAAGUGAAUUAGCACUUAUUCAAACAGAAAGUGUGAUUGGUCAACUUAAAAAAUUCUAUCCACAUGUUGAAUAUGAAGUAAUUAAAAUAAAAACAAUCGGCGAUAAAAAUCUCUUGACGCCAUUGGCUAAUAUUGGUGAUAAAGGUUUAUUUACCAAAGAACUUGAAAUUGAACUCGACCAAAAAAAUAUUGAUUUUGUUAUUCACUCACUUAAAGAUGUGCCAUCAACUACUUUACCACCGAAUAUGGUCAUUGGUGCUAUUCUUGAACGUGCUGAUCCUCGUGAUGCUGUUAUCAUAGCACCAUGGCGUCAGGAAAAGUCUCUACAUGAAUUACCUGCCGGUAGUGCUAUUGGAACAAGUUCAACACGUCGUAUUGCACAACUUAAAUUAAGUUAUCCUAAACUUACAUUCAAAAAUAUACGCGGAAACAUGAAUACACGUUGGGAAAAAUUGUCUAAUCCAGAACUUGGUUAUGAUGCUAUGAUUGCAGCCGUUGCUGGUUUUCAACGGCUCAACUGGGCGGAUCGUAUCAGCGAAAUAAUUGAACCGGACCGUGUUCUCUAUGCUAUUGGACAAGGUGCUCUUGGAAUUGAAUGUCGACAUGAUGACAAUGAUACUAUUCGAAUGCUAUCAGUACUCAAUCAUGAACCAACCGUUGUUUGUUGUGUUGCUGAACGAGCCUUUUUGAGGAGAAUUGAAGGCGGUUGCAGUAUUCCAAAUGCUGUUCAUACGGAAUACAAUGGAACCGGUUUGACAGUCAACGGUAUUCUACUCAAUCUUGAUGGAUCUCGUUAUGUCAAAGAUCAAAUUGAAAAUUCUAAUUUAACUGUUUCAAUGACAACACCGAUUCCAAGUUUUCUUGUUUCACAAACAGACGAUGAUCUAUUAUUAGCUGACGAUGAUACGCAACCACAUGGGAUCAACCUAAAACGAAAACGUGCGGAUUCAAAUGGCGAUGAUACACUUCUUCCACAGCCUAAAACAACUGCGUCUAUAUCUUCGCCACCGACAACAGUAGAAACGUCGCCUUUGCUGCGUCAUUUUGCACAUGUAUGUUGUGUCAAUAUAAAUGAAACAAUAUUAGAAAAUGCCGAAUUAUGUGGUACAAAUCUAGCUGUUAAAUUAAUGCAAAUGGGUGCCGGUAGUAUAUUAGAAGAAAUUCGUCAGAACGUUCCUAUUAUUCCCAUGCAACAAUAG